UUCAGUAUCGCCUGGGUUAGCGUGUGGAAUAGACGAGGCAGCGAUCAGGGAUCACGCUUCAGGAAUAGUCAGCAAUAAGCAAUGGAGAAGAAGAGCCAGAACGUUGCGGGCCAGGAUAGUAGCUCCUUGGCGAGUGAGUUCAAGAAGCGGGAUGCCAUCUGGCCUCUAGUGCUGUUCUACAUCCACGUGAACAUUCUCGGGCUGUACGGAAUAUACGUGCUGGUGACGAGCGCCGCGUGGUCCACUAUUUUAUUCACUGCGCUCCUCACACUCCUGGGAAUAAUGGGGGCAACCGUGGGCGUUCAUCGGCUGUGGGCCCAUCAAACGUUUACGGCAUCCAAGCCGUUGCGGGUCUUCCUCAUGUUUUGCCAGACGACGGCCGGUCAGGGCUCCAUUUACAGUGUCGUCCAGGCGCACCGGCUCCACCACGAAAAGUUCCAUCAAGACGAGGAUCCCUAUUACAGCAAGCACAGCUUUCUGUACGCCCAGGUACGGGGCGGUCUCCUCAAGUAUUCACCACAGCAGGAGGAGCUCUUAGAGGCCGUGGACAUGACGGACCUGGAAAGUGAUUCGAUAGUGAUGUUCCAGAAGCGCUUCUACGUUCUGCUGUACAUAUUCUUCAACAUUCUUCUGUCGGUGAACACCCCGUUCCAGUACUUCGGGGACUCCCUGUCUGCCUCCAUGUUUGUAGGCUUCUGGUUGCGGAGCCUGAUCGUGAUUAAUCUGGGCAACCUGGUGAACUCUGCUCACUUUGUGUGGAGCAUCCACAAGGGUUUCAAGCCAACCGACUCCAACACCAUCUUCCUCAUUACGAAAAGCUACUGGCCCCAGUUUCACUACCUAUUGCCCCAGGACUACCAGAGCGGGGAGUUCGGUGACUAUGCGAGCGGGCUGGGGGCCAGUGUGAUCCGCGUCUUUGCUGCCCUCGACUGGGCCAAGGAUCUACGCACCGUCGGAUCGGUGGCUGUGCGUCAGGGCUUGACCCGAGCGGUGGAGACUGGCCGUCCUAUUGUCGAGUGCAUUAAAGAGCAGGUGCGGCUCGAGGAAAGCGUUUUGCCCGCCAAUCACUUCCUCAAUCGAGAGAAGUUCAUGUGAAGUCCGUUUCGGCUGGUCGUGUGUCUUUCUUGGCUUGCGGCUUGCGUCAUUCGUGUUCGAAAUGAUGCGUGAAAUAGUCGAGGCAGUCGUAAAAAUAAAUUAAGCACCAACAA